CCCGGCCCGACGGAGGAGGAGGAAAAAAGAAAAAAAAAACCUCAAACAGCGGCACUCACCCAUCCGCAAGUCCCCAUCUUCUCCAACGAAAUCUUUCCCGUGUCAACCCGCCCCUCCGAUUUCUCCCGCUUUUCCUCUUUUUUUUUCUUCUUCCCGGGAUUGCCGCGUGCUCCCGUCCGAUCCGGCUCUGCCUGGCCGUUUUAGCGGCGGACCGGGGGUGGCUUUCCUCUUUUGCGAGGCAGCUAGGGUUUCUGCUCGAGCUCUGGGGCCGCAGGGCGCCGGGAUAUGGCGGCCCAGGGCGGCGAGGCGGCUGCCGGAUCCGACGCCAAGCCCACUGUGGGCACAGGCAUGGAGCAUCCGAAUUCAUCUCCAUAUCAACCUUCAGCUUCCGAUCGUUAUUUGUGGUCUUCUUCAACUGGUGCUUCCUGGAACUAUUCGGUGGAUAACUCAAACCAAACCAAUGUUUACUAUGAUCCACAAAGGGAUGUGUCAGUUUCAGGAUCUACUGAAAAUGUGGCAAGUGGUGCAGCUCAUGUGGUCCCAUCAGGGAUGGGCACUACUAAUCCAACUGAUUCUUAUGCACCUUAUGCAAAUUCUGUUCAACCUUGUUACAGUGCUGCACAAUAUCCAAACUAUUACUACAACUAUCCACAAACUGCAAAUGAAUCCUCUGUUCAGCAAGGAGUAGAUCAAAGUUCAGGUGCUGCUUAUCAGCCUCUUACUUCAUUUCAGAAUUCAGGAUCUUAUGUUGAUCCUACAAGUAACACAUAUUAUAACGCUGGUGCUCAUCAGACUGCACCAGGAUAUGCUACCAACAACAAUUAUUAUCAAAGCAGUUCCUGGACUGGCGGAAGUUCGGGAGAUAAUCAUGCACAAUCAUAUCAGGGCUAUACUCCAGCAGAUACUAAUGCAGCCCAGAGUUCUAGUUCACUAACCAACAAUUCUUACCACUAUCAGCAGCAGUAUAAUCAAUGGCCUUAUUAUUAUGAUCAGUCUGCACCAAAUUCUGGUGGUCCUGCAGUUGCUGUUAGCAGUAAUUCUAAUGCAAAUACUGCCAACAUCAGUUCUGGUUAUGUUUAUCCGAGCACCCAACCACCUCCACCAGGUACUACACCAUGGAAAAGUGAUGCUGGUGUACCUGCUGUCCCUCCUCCUCCCCCACAGGCGCCAGGAAUCCCAGUGUGUCAAAAUCAACAUGUCAACCAGGCAGCAGGUCCCCCAGGGUAUCAAAACCAGUAUGUCAACCAGGCUCCAGGCACCCCAGGAUUCCAAAACCAGUAUGCUAGCCAGGCACCAGCUGUCCCAGGAUAUCAGAACCAGUAUGCUAACCUGGCGCCAACAUAUCAACCGGGCACUGCAUACUAUAGUCAGUUACCACUAAGUAACCAAGCAGAUCAACAGAAGGCUUCACAUUGGCAAGGUCCAAUUUCAAACGUUUCUUCAGUCAAUCAUGUUUCUGAAAAUUCUCAACCAACUUUUCAGGGUCCUGCGAUAUCAGAUGCUCGCAGGGUAAACAAAAUCCAGAUUCCAACAAAUCCUCGAAUAGCUCCAAUUGUUGCUAUGACAAUGCCUAAAGCAGAGAAGAGAAAUUCAGAAGCUGAUGCAUCUCAAAAGCCUGCAUAUGUUAGUGUUGCGGUGCAAAAGAAUGAUGUGAAAGCAGCUCAAGAUGGCCAUGAAGCUGUAACACAGGGAUCAAUCCCUGCUUCACUUCGUACUUAUGUUGGGCGGAAUCUUUCUCGUUGCAAGGAUGAUGUUCAGAGGUCUGCCGUGCAGAGCAUCUUGAAAGAGAUGAUCACCAAGGCAACUGCUGAUGGGAUCCUUCAUACUAAGAACUGGGACAUUGAGCCAUUGAUUCCUUUGCUAGAAAAUGUCACAAGCACAAAUUUGACAAGCUCUGCAAAGGAUUUGAAUCCCUUCUCCUUUUCAACGUCUAGGAGGAGCCCUAAUAGACGGGUGAAAAGUAGGUGGGAACCUGUUGUAGAAGAAAAGGUUGCUAACAAGGUAGAAGUGACUUCCAAAGAAUCAGCAAAGAGCAAUACCUACAAUAGUUCAGAAAUGACUAAAAGAGCAGGUAGCAGUUGGGAUCUUGGGAAGUUUCUCCAUUCCCGUCAGGCUCCUUUAAGCCAAUACAAUCAGAGGCCUAGUAAAAAGAAACGGAUUGGUGGUAACUCAAGUCUAACUGAAAAUGGAAAUGUUUCAAGUGACAGUGAUAAGGAGCAGGAUCUGACAAAAUAUUAUGCUAAUGCUAUCACAAUAGCAAAUUCACCGGAGGAGAAGAAACGCCGGGAGCAUAGAUCCAAGCGUUUUGAACGUAGUCAUGGUGCUGCAUCCUCAAAAUCAAGGAGCUCUGCACCAAAUAAGGAAGGACCAUCCAAUAUAUAUGCUAGGAGAUCUAUAUCAAUGCUUCUUAAUAGAAGUAAUGGAGAUGGUGUUAGCUUCGCUGUGGAGGAUUUGGAUUGGGAUGCACUGACUGUCAAGGGAACAUGUCAGGAAAUUGAGAAAAGAUACCUUCGCCUUACAUCAGCACCUGAUCCUGCCACAGUAAGGCCAGAAGAUGUUUUAGAGAAAGCUCUUCAUAUGGUUGAAACAUCUCAGAAGAAUUAUCUGUAUAAAUGUGACCAACUGAAGUCUAUUCGGCAAGAUCUUACUGUUCAGAGGAUUCAGAAUGAGCUGACUGUCAAGGUUUAUGAAACUCAUGCACGCUUGGCCCUUCAAGCUGGAGAUUUACCUGAAUUUAAUCAGUGCCAAUCACAACUGAAGAGAUUAUAUGCGGAAGGAAUCAAGGGCUGUCAUCUUGAAUUCUCUGCUUACAACUUGUUGUGUGUCAUGUUACACUCUAAUAACAAAAGAGACUUGCUUUCAUCAAUGGCAAGCUUAUCAAAGGACGCUAAACAAGACAGAACUGUCAAACAUGCUCUUGCAGUUCAUUCUGCUGUUUCAUCUGGAAACUAUGUCCUGUUCUUCAAAUUAUACAAGACAGCACCUGACCUGAAUUCUUGUCUUAUGGAUCUCUAUGUUGAACGGAUGCGCUUUGAGGCUCUAAAAUGCAUAUCUAAAUCAUAUCGCCCAACUUUACCUGUGAAAUACGCUGCACAAGUUUUGGGUUUCAUGGGAAUUGAUGAAGUUUGCGAAGCUACAAAAACUGAUGGAUUGGAAGAAUGUGAAGAAUGGUUAAAAGCACAUGGUGCUGUUCUAUCAGUAGAUAGCAAUAAUGGAGAAUUGCAGAUAGACACAAAGGUUUCUUCGACUUCUCUCUACAUGCCGGAACCUGAUAACGCUGUUUCACAUGGUGAUGCAUCUCUUGCUGUGAACGAUUUUUUGGCGCGAGCAUCAUAGAUGAUGUCAUGAUGAGCAUUUUCAUCACAUGUGCCCCUGAUCUUCGGAGGUAUUUCUCGAUUGCUUGUAGCAGUGCUUGCAGUGGAAUGUUCUGUUAAAUGCAGGGUAGGACCUUGAAAUGGAUCGGCUGAAGGGGAAACACGGUCCAUUGAAAUGGAUCGGCUGAAGUAGGUUGCUUUCUAUUACGCUCAAAUUGUGUUCCGAGCCUCUGAAUCUGAGAUGCCGUGGGAUCGUUGGCAUGCUGCUAGCUCUCCAUCCCUGCCGCAGUUCCAUUUUGACAAACAAAAUUCUGGAGGCAGCAUUAACCGGGAAAAACAAAUACCUCCUCAGGGUAUACUUGGCGGCAUUGCCUUUGUACCGUGCUAGCCAGACGACAAGUGUACAUGUUGAGAUGUAGUCGCACCUUCGGUAUAUUGUACAAUUUUUGUGAGCCUGAUGUUACUCAUUUUAUUGAUGAACUGCAAAUAGUUAACACAAAUAUGGAAGUACUCAUGUUGGUCUACUGUAGUUUUCUUCUUUUGCUGGGGAAGGAAAAAAUAAACCUGAAUAAUAUCACAACUAACA